GACAGCAAUCCACACAUGACACUGGCUGCCCAUAACCUAUUGUUUGAGAGCCAGGGGUGGAUGGAGUGGGAGGAAGCCAGCAAGUUUGAUAUACCUGCAUCACUGCUGAGCAUGGAGAGGCAGCAUCAGCAACCUGCUGCCUGUCUCCAAGCUAUGCCUGGUCCUGAGAAACUGGUAAGCUCCAUGUCUGUCUCACAUGUCCGGUGCUGUCAUGCAGCUCAUAAAGAUCCCUGUGGCUCUCUGCUGCCAACAUGUCCAGCAACACACUUUCCUGUCUGUGCAUGGAACCCAGAUUCCUUUUGUAGGUCCUCGAUAUCCUCAGCAAAAAGGAAUUUCAUUGAUUCAUACCCAGAGGCUUCCAGUUUUCUGAGGGGGGCUCGUGUGUUGGCCAGGAGAGAAGCUGAUGGCUAUUACUACCUAGGGCACAUUGCCCAGGAGGUGAAGGGCUCCAGGGAGCGCUUUUUAAUUGAGUUUGACAGGAGUGGCACUCUGAAAGGCAAGGCACAGCUUCGAAUACAGGAAACCCCUCUCUACGACAUUCUCCACUAUGAAGAUGCCAGGCGACAGCCGCUUGCUCCAGGAGACAGGGUCUUAGCACCGUGGGAGGCUAGAGCUGAACGUUUUGGCCCAGGCACUGUGCUAAAGGUUCUGGAGAACAAGGAAGCAUGUUUAGCACACAACAGAAGGGGAGUGCUUGUGAAUUUCUGGAAUGGGCGGACUAAGGAGGUGUCUUCUGACCAAGCUCUGCGGAUUCCUCUGCCCUUAAGUGAACGCAUCAUCCUGGAACUGCAGAUGCCUUUAGCAGCCAGGCAGAUGGUGGUAGAUUCAAGCUUGGAUUAUCCAUACAUCGUGGCACCGGGUUAUAGAGCUUCAGGCCAUUACAGACUGGAUCCCUCAGACAUGCACUACUGGCCAAGGGGUCUGUAUUCAACUCAGCCAUGUAUUAAGUGUAGUUGUAGGUGUACCUCACUUCCCCAUUGCAGCCUUGAAGCCUGGGAAUCUACGCAGCCUACAGGGUGCAAAGGGCAGGAAGAGGAUGUCUUCAUCCCAGGAACAAGCUUCACUAAAGAAGAGCUCAGCAAUAAAAUAGAAGAGCAAAUGUCCGAAUUGAGUAUUUCAUGCUCAGAAAGUGUUUUCAGAGAAGAAGAGGAAAUGAAAGAUAAGGGAUUGAAGACAGAAAAUCUUCCAAAUGAAGUUCAGCCUUGUUUGGAAGAGGACAAUGAAGUUAUAGAACCUAAGAAGAGUCCUCAGAUGGAGAUGGCUCAUGCUAUGGUUGAUACUGCCGUCAACACAGACAGCUGGUUAAUGGAGACAGUCCACAAGGAAGAAACAGACAGCAGACAGCAGGAUGCUGAAACUGAGGCUCUUUUUAAACACAAACACGGUCUUUUUGAGUCCAGAGUGGCAGAAGCUCCAAUCCAGCAUUCCCAAGGGAACCCUUCCAUGGGAACCAGCGCUUUGGUUCCUUUCAGGUGCCAAAGCUUCUUUGACAGUGUGAAUCAAUCGCUACAGAAAGACAGCCUGACCAUCAGAUCAGCUCUGCGUACACAGAGGCCACAUAGCACCUCCAGUGGGCAGUUUAGGAGAUCCACAACUCUCAGCCUUCUAAAAGACAAAAGCAUUACAAAAUCAAUCCUUAAUGGUGUGCCUCAGGAGAGAUGGAAGGAGAUGGACUUCAACAGAGCCAAGAUUGAGCACAAAAGACGGCAAGAGGAACAGAGGCAGCUGAAGAGGGAGCAUCAGCAAGAGGCAGAUGGCAUCCGACGCCAGCUGCGCAGGGACAGUCAGAGGCAGCGAUUGCAUCAGAGAAUAUUGCAAGAGCUGGAGAAACGGCUGGAGCAAGAAGACAGAGCUUUGCAGCACAUGGCACUGCUCCAGGCUGCUAGGGCAGAGAGGAGCAGGAAGGAAUCCUUCUUCCCAGAGGAGGAGAAGAGGAAGGCAAGUCAGAGGUUACAGUUCUUAAAGACACAGCAUGUGCAGAGAAAGGAGCUGCAGGCAAAAUGCAAUGAAAGGAGCUUUGAACAAGAGAAAGAAAGGCUGGAUUUUCUCAGGAGCAGAAUGCAGUCACGGCAGGAAAUGUUGGAACAAGAAUCACGGGAGCAGGACAGGCAACAAAAAAAGCAGCAGGCUGCCAAAGGGAGAGUGUUCCAGAGCAGAGACCGUUCACGCCAGAAGGUGGAGAAAGAAGGCCAGCAACUCAAUGACCUCCAGCAGUACCUCAGAGAACAGAAUCUUUUGAUGCUCCGGGCAUCGCUACUAGCAUAAGGAAGCUGCAGAGUGGAUGCUGACACAACAACAAAAUGUGUAUGGAAGACCAAGAUGUUGACCUAUUCCCUCCUCUUCUCCAACUUGGCAGAUUCCUGCAACUAUCUCAAACACAAGUGGCUUCCAGGCAAUCCUAACUUGCACCAGAAGCACUCCUGACCUGGGAAGUGGCAACCAGUGCUUCCUGUUUCCUGGGCCACUAAAAUCACUCCACUCUGGCAGCCUCCUUGCUGAGGUUGAACAUCUUAUCCCUGUGUGCAGUAUAGCUUCCAAGCUACCAAUUCUCCUAUCCCCUCUUAAGGAUUGUGGACAUAAGAGAGAAAACCAUCACUUUGGCCAUCAGACUCUACUGCUGUCUCCCUUCCCCAGCCUCAGCUACCCAGCCCUGUGACAGAGGCCUCACCUGGCCUUGGACCACAGCUGUGAAAACUGCCCUGAAGUUCCGCAUGUCA